UAAAACGUAAACACUAAACAGUUUUGACUUUUCGAACACUCGCCAUAAAUGUGAGAUUAUCACAAUGUAAUUAUCUGUUUAAAAUGAAAACUAGACACCGUCUUGCUCUGGUGAAAGCGCCUGCCCGAUCUGUUGAAGGCGUUAGACCCAAUCAGAGUGCCACGGUGACCGACAUUUCGGCUGGCAGUGGCACGAUUUCCGCAACUGGCACAAGUCCAAGUCCAGGAAGACCACACUGGCAAAUAACUCAACAAGACGAUGAAACAUGCAGCAUGAUGAGCCCAUUUGAAAAAAAGCUGUAUCUGCGUCAGGAGGACCUGCUGUGUUCUCAGACGGUCGAUUCCCAGUGUGAGGUUAGAUGGGAUUGCACAUCUCCAGAUGCCAUUCGGCACUUGAAGAAAAUAAGGAAGUGCAGAAAUGGACAGGAUAGCAUGUCGGACAUUGUCCUCAGGUUUCUGGAUGAUAAUGGUGAAGUGUCAACUAAUACACCACCUCUUCUAAGCUUAUGGAUGGAGUCCAAAAUUGUGAAUAACACAAACAGUCGCUUCCCUGGUCAGUGUGUGGAGCCUGAGAGGAAAACGCACAGCACUCGUCGAAGAAGACGACCCACGGGACAUGAAGAAGAUGAGGCCAAGGCACUGUUAAAAAGAAUGAUUGAAAGAUGUGAAGUCAUUGAAGAGUCGACCAGUACCAAUGAAGAUGAGAAACGGAUGUUGACUACAUAUGAAAAUGGACAGCUUUUGGAAAAAACUGCAACUUUGAAAUUUUUUUCUCCGAAAUCAGAAAAAAGACAAGAAUCUCAAUCCACCAGUUUGUCUAAUAAUUCAAAUAAAGUUGAAAUGAAAAAUAUCACUUGUGACAAAUCCUCCGAUUCCGAUCAGAAAAAUGCCAGCGAUGAUAGCAUAUGGACAGAUGACGACCUGUUUGAAGACAACUCUUUUAUUCUGGAGGCCACACAACUCCCAGCAGGCAAACGGAAACUGAACUCGCCUGCCAGAGAACAACCAAACAUCAAGAACAAACGAUACACGUUCAGCCUAACAGCUGAUUGUGAUGUUGUACCACCCACAGCUGUUGCUGUAAACGCACAACAGUCUGUAACUAACACCUCUUCUGGACAAAAUACAUUAAAGAAUAUUUACCAACCAACAACUGUUACAUCAAAGAAUAUUUGUCAACGUACUACUUCCACAUCAAAGAAUAUUUGUCAACCUACUACUUUCACAUCAAAGAAUCUUUGUCAGACUAAUACUUUUACAUCAAAGAAUAUUUGUCAACCUACUAUUUCCACAUCAAAGAAUAUGUGUCAACCUACUACUUGUACAUCAAAAAAUGUGUGUCAACCUACUACUUUUACAUCAAAGAAUAUUUAUCAACCAGCUACUUGCACAUCAGCCAUGGUUAGGACGGGAUGUGUGACGAACAAUAAUAGUUUUAAAAAGCACAGCAGUUUUGAUGACAAGUCUGCUUUCUCCAAAGGCUCUUACGUUCAAGGUUGUUCUAAAACUACAAGUUCUGCUGGAUCCAGUAAGUCUACCUGGAGGAGAAGCCACAGUUUUUCUGGAUCCCAGUCUCCUAGCAACCCUCCACGACGACAGCCAGCAUGUACUGUUUCUCGGUCUGAAACCGGAUUUAAGGGAACUCAACAUGUUGCUGAAAUCAACAAUAACUGGAAUACGACAUUGGUAGCUACAGUAUGUAUUCCAGAUUCUUGUCAGCAGAAAAUAUCAGCGACCUGUGAUAGCAGAUUUGGAUCAUCAGUAGGGAAGAAUGUGUCGCACGGUGCUCGUCUGAGUAAUAAGAAUGAAUAUCUAGAUACUAGCAUCACCGAUGAACUUCUGUAUCAGCUGGCCGAGCCUGACGAACUGUUAGAGAGUCAGCUGACACCCGAUGACUCCACGGUCAACAAGAUCAGCGAAGAGUUGUGUCACGAUGAUCUCUUUGAUGAUGAAAUGGAUGAUGUUUCUACAGUUGUGAAAACAGUUAACACCAGUAGUGUGGUUCCCAAGACAGCCAGUAUUGGUAUGGAUAUGAAGAUAGCCAGUAAUAAGUCAGUCGGUAGCCGUGGUGGUUACUCUGUCCACGGUAAAGGGAGUAGCUUGACAUUUCAAGGUAAACCACCGUCCCAUGCUGUUGGUGGUAAGACAUUACAGAGUGGUUCUAGUCACAUGUCAACUCGCAUUGGUACAGUUGGCUCGGUUGCACCAACUCAGCAAAGUUCUGUGGGAAAGUUUAGUUUCAAAAAUUCUGUUUUGAAAUCAAAACCAGCAUCUGUGCAGUCAAGUGCUCCAGUGAACCAUAACACAAGAAAUUCAAGUACAGUGCCAAACAUGGAAGCCUCUAAGAAUGGAACAUGCAGUAAAAACACUGCUUGUGGACUAGAGUGCAGCCAGGACAUGGAUGAUGACUCAUUUCUGGGGGAUGAUGCUUUGUUUGAAAGUCAGAUCCUCGCAUUGUUAGACCAGGUUGAGUCCCAAGAAAGUGUCCAGACUUCACAGGUCUCCAGUGUGAAGUGCACAUCAAGGGAAAUAGAACAGAAGCGCUUGGCUGCACUUGAAAAACAGAAGCAGAAGAAGACUCAUCCUCUCUGAAGUCGGCCGAUGUUGUCUCAGUUGGUUUUGACUUUUAAUUGAGAACACUGCUAUGAGAACGAACACCGGGCUUCCCAGGAUAGUCAGGGCUGCUCAGAUCACCGAUGUCUUCCCUAGCGUGGUAAUGAGAUUACUCAACUGGCUGUUACAGUUUACUGAUAUGGUCUAAUACAGCACUGUGCAAAAAUGCAAAAAAAAAAGGCCUUCAUAUUUCAUGAAAACAGACUGGCAGUAAGUGUGGCAAUUAAUGGCAGUUAUUCAAAUUGUAUUUGGAGAUUGAAGUGCCAUGGGACAGGCUGAUUCUGUCACUCAAAUGUAGACCGUGGAGAAACUAAUAACAGUAAUCAACACUGUGGCAUGUGGGUAUUACUCCAGUUGAGCUAAGACGGCCAAAGAUCCUUAAUCUUUACUUCAGCUUUUGGGCAAGUUCCUCAGCAGUCUUAUGCUAGAGGUGUUUCUCGGUGCAAGGCACAAUAUUUCAUGUGAACCAUUGUUCUGUUCGUGUGUUGGUUACCCAACUUUAAAUUGAUGCCAACCACCAAUCAGUUACAUGGUAAAUCGUCCUGAAAAUAAAAGUUGCACAUUUCAAAAAUAACAGGUCAGUAUUGAUUUAUUCCCAAAACUGAUUCUGGACAUUUCUGGAUAUAUGCAAGACACCUGUUCCGGCAGUCAUUGUCCAUUAAUGGUUUGGAAAUAUACCAGUAAGCUCAAUGAGAUUAGAAAAGCUAAAUCGCUGGUUACACUAGUUAUUCAAAUAUAAUUAAGGUAAUCGGACACCCAGUUACCUAUAAUCCAUCCCACAGGAAAUGCAGAGGCGGAUGGGGGGGGGG